AUGCCGCGAAAGGGGAUAAUCUGUGGGAUGUGUGGUGGGGAGUUCUUUGAGCGCUCGUUCCCUAUACAUCAGAAAGCCUGCGCAGCAAAGCAGCAGCACAUACGUCUCACAUGCCAGCACUGCCAACAGGAGGUGCCUAAGCUGCAGCUGGAGCAACACCUGGUUACUUGUUCAAAGGCUCCCAAGGCGAGGCCUGCCUCUGGCGGCAGCCCGUCCUCUAGUGGACCUCUGAGUAGUUUGUUUGAUUCCUCGGGGCGGCUGCAAUGUACGAUUUGCUACCGUUGGUUCGCCGCAGAUAGGGUAGCUAAGCACCAAAGCAUAUGCGCGUCCAUUUUUCACAAGAAGCGGCAAGUCUUUGACUCUUUCAAGCAAAGAAAAUUUGAUCCUCUCAUACACAGGGCGGCGCCCACGACAACCUCCAGUGGUGGUAGCAUCAGUAGAGUCGCUGCUGCCCGUUCUUAUUACUCCUCUGCCCCAGCCUUGAACAGCAAGGCAGCAUAUCAGGCAGCCAAGCGAGAUAAUGCUAUUAUUCGGGGGGAAGGCCAACUUCGAGUCCCCGGGGUGCGUGGAGUGGAAGGGGUAAAAAGAAGCGUCACUGCUGCUGCCAAGCAGCCCCCAAAGGUCGCCUCUCAUCGCAACAGCAAAACUACCAAGAGCUCCGUGGCAAACUCAAUGACCACCCGUAGUGCACGGUCUAGCCUGGGGAGGGAAAUGACAUUAAGGCCGCUGUCUCCUGGUCAGCAUGCUACCGCUGGCGGGGGUCUGGGUCCGGCCCAGCGAGGCCAAUCAACUGGAGCCUCUCACCCAGGAAAAGUUGCCCAGCCCCCAUCUCCAUCUGCUUGUAGCACUAGCGCAACAACUGGAGGAGGCGGUCGUGCUUCUGCAUAUUCCAGGGGGCUUUCCCCUUCUAGUAUGGGCAAAGCGUCCCCAGGGUCCCUCAGUCAAAACAGAGGGAUACGAGGCUCAAGUCAGAUGGAUACUCAUCAUAUGGAGCAGUCAAGUCGCCUUCAAAGAGGUCGGGGGCCCUCUGAACAGUUUGGUGCAGGGGGUGGCCUCUCAACUUCGAAUGUUUGCUCUCCAGACAACCCGUUUGCGUAUCCACAUUACCCGUCCUGA